AUGCCGCCACCAACGCUGAGAAACAAGCUCACAUCAAUCAAAGGGGUACGCUUAGCAGGGUCGCCGUCGACCUGGAACAUUGACAUCCACUACCCACCAGAUUCUCCGCGCGGCAUCAUCCAGUCCGUCACCCCGCACAACGAUACAACCCCUGGAGAUGACUCUAUUCCUGCUCCGCUGGUUCUACCGGCCUUGACACAUCCUCAUAUUCAUUUGGACAAGGCUUUUGUCCACAGUGCCCGGCAGUACGCACAUCUUCUCCCGUCUACCGGGUCCUUCCAGGAGGCAUUGUCGUUCACCACAGAGGCGAAACAACAAUUCACCGUGCCCGACGUUCUUCAAAGAGGGGAAUGGCUGCUGGCCGAGUCCAUCUCGAACGGGGUGACCGCGAUGAGAGCCUUUGUAGAGGUUGACCAUACGGUGAAACACGUCUGCUUGGAAGCAGCCACCAGACUCCAAAACCAAUGGAAAGACGCCUGUGAGAUUCAGAUUGUCUGCUUUGCACAGGAUCCCAUAUUCUCGACCCAAUAUGGGGAGGAAAAUAUGGACCUGAUGCAAAAAGCGCUCGAGGAGUACCCCCAGAUCGACGUGAUCGGAACAACCCCCUACGUGGAAACAACUAUUGAAGCCGCAAAGCGGAACAUCGACUGGGCCGUUGACUGUGCGUUACAGCUGGAUAAACAUCUCGAUUUCCAUCUCGACUAUAACCUCGACUCGGGCAAGGAAGCUCUAGUAUGGUACGUGCUGCACAGCCUAGAGCAACGGGGCUGGACCUCGUCUGCUACGACGAAACGUGUGAUGCUUGGACAUUGUACUCGACACACGCUUUUCACCGAUGAUGAGUGGUGUCGGAUCUCUCGCAUCAUCCAUGAGAACGAUCUUCCCGUUAGCUUUGUCGGGUUACCCACCAGUGACCUCUAUAUGGCCGCCUCGCCCGAACAAAAGGUCCCGCACGACCGGCCCAGGGGAACCCUGCGAAUCCCCGAGAUGAUUCGCAAGCAUGAUCUCGACGCCGUGAUGGGCGUAAACAACGUUGGCAAUGCAUUUACACCCUGGGGGCCGCCGGAUCCAUUGUUUCUAGCUUGUCUAGGCGUGGGCAUUUAUCAAGCCGGGACGCAGGAUGAUGCGAGAUUGCUGUACGAGUGUGUAUCUACUCGUGCCCGAGCAGCGAUUGGGCUUUCGUCGUCACCUUCGAGUAUUGAUCUGAAGAAGGGGCAAAGUCCCGACCUUCUCCUGUUUCAUCAUCGGGAUCUCACUGGGUGUGGUGUGGCUCGUCCUUGUGGUACUGUCGCCGAGGUUGUUUGGGAUCCUCCGGCGACAGUGAAUCGAAAUGUGGUGAUCGGUGGUCGACUGAAGAGUUCUGGUUUUUCGUGUUCGCAGAGUGAAUCGAUAUAUCACUUCUCGGGAGAGUAG